CCUCUCUUCCCCCCCUCCCCUCGAUGUAAGUGGAACUGGGAGGGGAGAGUGGAGUGGAAAGCCCAUUUUUAAAAGAAAAGGAGAGAGAGGGGGAAAAACGGAUAUUGGGUUUGAGCACCAGCAUUGCAAUCUUGCUGCAAAAAAAGCCAACCUUCCCCCCUCCCUCCCCUCUCUCUCCUGAUGGCUCCCUUAGGUGAAGUUGGGAACUAUUUUGGUGUGCAAGAUGCAGUGCCCUUUGGGAAUGUGCCGGUGUUGCCAGCGGACAGCCCGGUGUUGUUAAGCGACCACCUGGGCCAGUCGGAAGCAGGUGGGCUCCCCAGGGGGCCUGCUGUGACGGACCUGGAUCAUUUAAAAGGGAUCCUGAGGCGGAGGCAACUCUACUGCAGGACUGGAUUUCAUUUAGAAAUUUUCCCCAAUGGUACCAUCCAAGGAACCAGGCAAGACCACAGCCGAUUUGGUAUCCUGGAAUUUAUCAGUAUAGCAGUGGGCCUGGUCAGCAUCCGAGGGGUAGACAGUGGACUUUACCUGGGAAUGAAUGAGAAAGGUGAACUGUAUGGCUCGGACAAGUUAAGCCAGGAGUGUGUGUUCAGAGAACAAUUUGAAGAGAACUGGUAUAACACAUAUUCAUCAAACCUAUAUAAACAUGUGGACACUGGAAGACGAUAUUACGUUGCAUUAAAUAAAGACGGGACUCCAAGAGAAGGGACUAGGACUAAACGGCAUCAAAAGUUCACACAUUUUUUACCUAGACCAGUGGACCCUGAGAAAGUCCCUGAACUAUAUAAGGAUAUAUUAAGCCAAAGUUGACAAAGACAUUUCCUUCACUUGAGCCCUUAAAAAAAGUAACCACUAUAAAGGUUUCAUGCGGUGGGUUCUUAAUUGAUUAGCUGUGUCAUCACAUCAGCUCCACUGUUGCCAAACUUUGUCGCAUGCAUAAUGUAUGAUGGAGGCUUGGAUGGAAAAUGCUGAUUUUGCUCUGCACUUAAAAGGGUUUGUCUUCCUGGAGGAGAGCCUGUUCCCACUUGCUUGAUUUUUUUUGUGAGAGAAAGGAAGGAAGGGAGUGAGAAUGUGUGAGAGUGAACAAGAGGAUGAAAGAGAGCUGAAGCAAGAAGGAAGGGGGGGAAGGCCUGAUGCAUGCUGGGAAAAAGAGACGCUAUUAAAUUUUUUGAUCUGUUGUACUUCAUACUAUAUCAGCAUAGCUGCCAUACUUUGUCUCAUCAGAAAUUUUGGCUGGUGGCCUGCUCAAGUGUACGCUGCGUUUUUUUUUUAAAAAGAAAAAAGGCAUGGAGGGAGAGUACAGUCUUACUUAUAACGAUGACAGCAACAAGAAAAAGAGAGGCUCUUUUUUGGUUCAAUUUGACUGCUCAAGUGGGAGUCGCCCCUCGCUGAGUUUAAAGCAAGGACCUCUUA